UAUAGGCAAUGUUAAACUACUGUAAAGCUACGAUGGUUUAUUUCUGUAACUGGUUUAUUUUCGGUCAAAAUUAAUGUGUUAAACAUCAUUAGUCAUUUUACUCACGGGGCAUUUCGCUUAUUUGAUAGAACUUUCAUGAAACUAGUUUUCAGCUGUAAUGACAUUGUUAUUUCCACACAAGAUGUCGCUGUAGACCGUGAGUUGGAGUUAUUGGCACAUUAUUAAUACUCCGCCUAAAGCAGAAAAGGACAACAGAGUGUCAUAUACUUCUGAGUUCAGCAGGCCUCGUGUAUUUUCCGUUUCACUGCCGGCAUUGGAUUAAAUAAAAGCACUCUUUCGACUUAUUUUAUUUUUGAAUAUCCAGUAAAAGGAAGCGAUGGUUGUAUCGGACAGUGCUCGCUCUGCCUGGAUGAAGGCUCUGCUGCUGCUUUGUUUAUGGGAUUUGUGUUACGGUCAGAUUUCCUACUCGGUUUCAGAGGAGGCCAAGAAGGGAACCGUUGUUGGAAAUCUAGCGAAGGAUCUCAAUCUCAAUGUGCAGGAACUGGACUCGCGCAUGUUUCAGCUUGUGACUGGAUCUAACGCCAAGUAUUUCGAGGUAAAUCGGAAAACCGGCAUUUUAUUAGUUAAUGACAGAAUAGACCGAGAGGAGCUGUGUGAAAGCAAACAGAAAUGCGUACUGAAUGUCGAAGCGAUGAUCCACAAUCCUCACAAGCUCUAUCGUAUUGAAAUUAAUAUACUGGACAUUAAUGAUAACUCCCCGGUGUUUCCAGAUCAAACAUUUGUUUUGGAUAUCAUUGAGAAUAUGCUUCCUGGAGAUCGGUUUCCCUUAACUACUGCGAGUGACAUGGACAUCGGUAGUAACUCAGUGAAAACCUAUAAAAUAAACACAAAUGAAUAUUUUUCACUGGACAUGCAGAGUAAUUCUGCUGAACUAGUUCUUCAGAAAUAUCUGGACAGAGAGAGAGAAUCGGUGAUCAAGCUCGUGCUGGCUGCUGUAGACGGCGGGACUCCUCCCAGAUCCGGAACAAUGCAGAUAGUUAUCAAUGUGCUGGAUAUAAACGACAACAGCCCCGUUUUUACGAAGCCUCUUUACAAAGUCAGUGUCCAUGAGAAUGCAGGUGUUGGGACUAAAAUCCUGACCGUUUCCGCAACAGAUGCAGACGAAGGAAAUAACGGGGAAGUGUCAUACUCUUUUAGAAGCGAUUCCCGAAACUCAGCGUUAGACUUAUUCUCCAUAAAUCCUGUUUCUGGUGAUAUCACUGUGAAAGGUAAUAUUGAUUAUGAAGAAAAUCCAGCCAUCGAACUGAGAAUUCAGGCUCAGGACAAAGGACAGUCUCCAAGAAGAUCCAUAUGUAAAGUGUUAAUUGAAGUAGUGGAUGUGAAUGACAAUGCACCAGAGAUAUCAGUUACUCUGCUCAUGAGCUCCGUAAGCGAGGACAUCAAACCUGGUACAGAUGUUGCAUUAAUCACUGUAUCAGAUAAAGACAGUGGAACGAAUGGUAAAGUAGAUUGCAAAAUUAUAGCACCGAGUUCAUUUAAAUUACAGCUAUCAUAUAAAAAUUCUUACGCCCUUGUUGUGAAUGAAGCUCUGGACAGAGAGCGGGUCUCCCUAUAUGAUGUCACAGUUCUAGCUAAUGAUGAGGGAACUCCUUCCCUCUCGAGCAGUAACGUUAUAACAGUUCAUGUCUCUGAUGUGAAUGAUAACGCGCCUUUAUUUCCUGCACCGGUGAUAAAUAUUAGCGUGAAAGAGAAUAGUCCAGUUGGAGGGCUGAUGGCAUCACUAACGGCACGAGACUUAGACAUCGGUGAAAAUGCCCUUGUUUCGUAUUCAUUAAUUGAUGCAGAAGGCAGCAGAGUGUCAAAUCUGAUGAACAUUAACUCACACACCGGUGAACUGUACAGCCUGAAGUCUUUCGAUUACGAAGAAACCAAACGACUUCAGUUUAAAGUUCAAGCCACUGACUCUGGUGUCCCUCCACUAAGUAGUAACGUGACUGUGAAUAUUUUUAUCCUGGAUGAGAAUGACAACAGUCCAGUUUUUCUCCCUCCUUAUUCUGAACCUGGAUCAGUAAACACUGAGAACAUUCCUUACUCUGCUGAAGCGGGGUAUUUUGUGGCUAAAAUCAGAGCUGUAGACGCUGAUUCAGGUUAUAAUGCACUAUUGUCUUAUCACAUGACCGAACCAAAGGGAACGAAUCUCUUCCGAAUCGGAACCAGCACAGGAGAAAUAAGGACUAAAAGACGAAUGAGUGACAAUGACUUAAAAGCUCACCCGCUUAUCAUUAUUGUCUCGGACAAUGGAGAACCUUCACUGUCCACAACUAUGAGUACUGAAGUUGUGGUUGUGGAAAAUAUGGACAGCGUGCAGCCUUCACUAAAACAAGUGCCAGUAAAGGAGGAGAAUUUUUCUAAUCUGAAUCUCUAUCUACUCAUCGCUAUCGUCUCAGUGUCAGUGAUAUUUUUACUGAGCCUCAUCGCUUUAAUAGCAGCUAAAUGCUACGGGACAGACGGCGGUUUCAGCAGCUCCAGCGCUCCAGUGGUCACUACACACCCUGACGGGAGCUGGUCUUACUCUAAAUCCACUCAGCAGUAUGAUGUGUGUUUUAGCUCAGACACACUGAAGAGUGACGUAGUGGUCUUCCCCUCGCCGUUUCCGCCUGCAGACGCAGAGCUGAUCAGCAUUAAUGGAGGAGACACUUUUACUCGAAAUCAAACUCUUCCCAGCACUGGGAAGGUAAGACCAUGAUUAGCUUAUUAUAUUUAAUUUAUUUGUAGUCUCUUGUAAACUCUCUUCCAUGUUGUGGUGUCGGUGCUUUAAUGUACAGAAACAUUUCCUAUUGCAUUUCUUACUCACCUCUAAUUCGUCUCCUUUUGUUUAAAUGUUUACGAAUUCUCUAAACGUUGAUAAAGCUUACCAUCUAGUCUCGCAAAGCAAGUACCGUGAUUUUUUUUCUAGACCUGACCUUAAGUUUCUGUUUUACUAUCACAGUUCGUAUAUACUGAGUUUAUUUUGACCAAUCACGGUUUUCGACAGCCUUUGUUUGCAUUGGCAUUAUUGCAGGCAGGAACGGUUUAGCUUAGACAAGCUGUUUGGCUUUAAAUGUGUUUCAGUGUAAUAAAAAUUGUAUUUCAGAAAUAACAAGGUGGAGUAAAGCUAAACAGAAAAGCACUCACUCAGUCAGUGUGGUGGUGGAUCCGCAAUCUAUCCCGAAAUCACAGUGUGUGAGACGGGAAUACAUUCUCCGUGGCAGGCCAGUCCAUCACAGUGAAGAGAAAAGCUUCAUAAAAUAAAUUCAGUUGGACAUUUCCUAUUUCUAGGCCAAAUAUUUUGUUCGGGCCGUUCUUAUAAUGUUAAAUAAAAACAGUUUUCAAUAACAUUUAUCGUCUUCGUCCAUGAUUAGAUUGAAAUCAGCACCACGAAUGUGGACAGCAACACGUUUCAGUUUUAUCAACGGAACAUUGGAUAAUAUUGCAGAGAAUAGUCACAAUAACAGGCGAAAUAACGAAAAAAACUUAAGAAAGAAAGAAAGGAAAUGACAGAAGUUUGUAUAUUUUCUUACCCCAUAGAGGCAGAGCGUUGGCGGCAUUUUUUUUUAAAUACCAUGGUGUUUUAAAAGUCUUUAUAAUAUACAAGAACAACAUGUGAGUAACAAAACAUAAUACAUGGUUUUAAAAGUCUAUCCGUGCUUUUCGCAAACACAAAAACGCUUGGUAAUUUACACU